AUGUCUAGCUAUCAGAACUAUGAUUCUAAAGAAACAGAAGGAUUAUUACACAAAAUAAAACCUAGAAAGGGAAAGAAAAUUACGUUUAUAGUUUUUGUGACAAUUUUUAUUGUGGUUACAUUUACAAUUUUAAGCUUUUUUGGUAAUAAUGAUGCUAAAAAAGCAAAACGUAAUGUGAUAUUGAUGAUUUCGGAUGGAUUUGGACCUGCAUCAGAAACAUUUGCAAGAUCAUAUUAUCAAUUCAUUAACAAUUCACCUUAUAAAAAAGUGACACCGUUAGAUGAGAUUCUUGUUGGAUCUUCAAGAACAAGAUCUUCCAGCAGUCUUGUCACUGAUUCUGCCGCUGGUGCAACUGCUUUCUCGUGUGCACGCAAAACAUACAAUCUUGCCAUAGCGGUGGAUCCUGAGAAAAACCCAUGUGGUACAGUGUUAGAGUCGGCCAAGCAUAAUGGAAUGGUGACCGGGUUGGUGGUGACAAGUCGCAUAACACAUGCAACACCAGCAGCAUUUUCAGCACAUUCGGUUCAUAGAGAUUUGGAAUCUGAAAUUGCCAUCAAUCAGAUUGGUGAUUAUCCACUUGGAAGACAGGUUGAUUUGAUGUUAGGUGGCGGAAGAUGUUUCUUUUUGCCAAAUAGAAAUGAGAGUAGUUGUAGAACUGAUGAUAGAGAUGUGCUAAGUGAUGCCACAAAUAAAUUUGGAUUUAAUUUUUUGUCAACUAGAAAAGAAUUUGACGAUCUCGAACCAUCCAAACAAGUACUUCCUCUUUUAGGCUUAUUCACCUUAGAUCAUAUGUCCUAUGAGAUUGAUCGUGAUCCAGCUGAAGAGCCAUCUCUAAAAGAAAUGGCAGAGAAAGCCAUCAAAAUUCUUGAAGAUGCUACUGCCGAUAGUGACAAAGGCUUUUUCUUGAUGAUCGAAGGAAGCAGAAUUGCACAUGUUCAUGAAAUUCUUGAAUAUCAUAAUACAAUUACACAUGUUAAACAAUAUGUUAAAAACCAUCCAGGAACCGUGAUGAUUUCAGUCAGUGAUCAUGAAACUGGUGGACUAUCACUUGCACGUCAAAUUUCCCCCGAGUAUCCUGUUUACGGAUGGUAUCCAGACGUGUUGACUAAAGUCAAAAGCUCAUCAUUUGUUCUCUCAGAAAAAAUUGUGAAUUAUUCGGGGGCUGAUCGUGCAGAAUAUAUUGAAAAGCUUAUUGAGAGUGAUUUGGGUAUUACAGAUUAUACACAAUCAGAUAUUGACUUUUUGAAUCAAAGACAACAUAAACCAAAUUACGAAGCGUUUUUGGCUAAUAUGACUAGUUACAGAGCUCAACUAGGGUGGGCAACCCAUGGACAUUCUGCUGUUGAUGUUAAUUUGUAUGCAUAUGGUGAUAAUGUUGAAGCUUUAUAUGGAAACCAUGAGAAUACCGAUAUUGGUGAUUUUAUUGUUGAUUAUCUUGAUUUGGAUCUUGAUGCUAUCACUUUGAUAUUAAACAAAGUAAGUAUUUCGCCAUCUUGA